AUGUCUAAGAUUGUUCGUACUAUUAAGAAUAAGGCCAAUGGGUACCUGUCUGCCCAGGUAUUGGUUCGUAAUGCAACGUCCAAUGACCCCUCAGGUCCUACCACGUAUGAAAUGGAGGAGAUAGCUGCAGCGACUUACAACAACCAAACGGAAUUUUUAGAAAUUAUGGAUAUGCUUGACCGUCGUCUUAAUGAUAAAGGUAAAAAUUGGCGACAUGUUGCUAAAUCGUUGACUGUCUUGGACUAUUUGGUCCGCUUUGGCUCUACUAAAUGCGUACUCUGGUCAAAAGACAACUUGUACAUUGUCAAAACUUUGCGAGAAUUUGUCCAUCUUGACGAUGCAAGCAAUGAUCAAGGUGCAAUCAUCAGGGUUAAGGCAAAAGAGUUGGUUUCGCUUUUGCGUGAUGACGAACGUCUAGCACGAGAGAGAGAGAAUGCUAAAUCUGGCGGUCGCAGACGCGAGGAGGAAAGAAGAAGACCCGAAAGGCCCAACAACGAAGAUCCCUACGAUUCAGAUUUACAGAGAGCAUUGGAACUCUCACGCGAAACUGCCGAGGAGGAGAAAGGAAGGCAAUCUAGAAACACUGAGGCUGAUGACCCUGAGCUUCAGGCUGCUUUGAAGCUCUCUCUCGAGGAGGAAGAAAUGAGGAAGCUUAAGAACCAACAAAAUGAGAAUUUGUUGGACUUGAAUGAUAACUACGGGUUCCAGCAGCAACAACAACCUCAAUACUACUAUCAAACUGGCCAGUUCCAGCCUCAGUACAACCAACAAUUCCAAUAUUAUCAACCGCAACAGCAGCAACAAUUUGACAUGUUCGGCAAUCCAAUUCAAGCUUCAGCCACUGGUUACUAUGCUCAACAACAGCAGCAACCACAACAAUUCCAAGCUCAACCACAAAUUCCACAGUUCACGGGCUUUACCAACCCGGGAGCUACGAACAAUACCGAGGAAUUGAAGCCUCUUAAAACUGGCUCCAACAACCCGUUUGCUUUACAGGACUCUCUGUCACAACAACAACCUCAACAGCAGUCGUUGAACCAGAUGGCGCAAAGUCAGCCAUCAUUCUUCACGCAGCCUCAAUCACCAGCACCUGUCCAGCAACCUGAAACAAAACUCAAGCCUCAAACAACUUCCUCUUCAAGAUUUAACGAAUCACACGAACUCAACAAUCUUUUGGCAUCUGGUACGGGCGUAGACACGUUCGGCAAUACGGGCGCCACAAGAAUUCCUCAUCAACACACCAAGACAGGUACUUUUAUCAAUUCGAGCGGUACUGGUUACAAGCAGGCACAAAAUGAUAUGCGCUUGAGCUCCAAUGCCACUGGAAAUCCAUUUCUCAACACUGGAAUCGGAAGUACGACUCAGAAUGGGCCUCAAUUACAAGGCCAAAAUGGGCUGCAAGCCCCGCGUAGAAUUGACCCAGCUCCUACUGGAUUUGGAUUUGGUAAUUCUAAGGAAGGCGAACCAAGCUUAAUCGAUAUAUAG